CCGGCAGUUUCAAUAAAAAGAGUCAACUACUGAGCCUCUGAACUAAGCCACCUGUUCAUAGUUCUUACAACAAUCACUGCCUCCCUCCCAUGGCUGCUUUCACCACCACCCUCCACCGCCAUUCUCGAUCUCAUUUCUCAACCACCCUUUUCCUCUGCCUACCCUUUUAACUCAAUCGCUCACCCCACUCUUGCUCUUGUUGCAUUCAUCCGCAUCAAAGUUUCAUCCUUUUUACCACUUCUUACUUGGGACUUUGACUUCACAUUCUGCUAUAUCAGACACUGGCUUGACCCAGUUGUUGAAUCAGAGAUGAGGGGAGCUUCCUCGAGCAUCGUCGAGCCGCGCCACCGGUCUUUGGCUUCCUUCAGUGAAGAGACAAGCAAGAGAAGGUCUCUAAGAAAUAAAGAUUCCAAAGAUGUUGAGAAAGCGUUGCAUGUUCCAUUACAAGAUAGGAGUUUAAACUGCCGGCCAAAUUGGAAAUUAGUUUUGGUUAUUAUUGCAUUGGGAACCUUAAUUACAAUCUUCCAUCCUCCAGCUGUUUAUAAUACUGAUCAUGCAUCAAAUUCUUUAUCACGUCCAACAUUUGUUUGGAGAGAAGAUUUUGAUGGCAUUGAUCCCCGUUAUGUAUCAUCUCUAAAUGUUGAGUGGGACCAAAUAUCUAAAGUUCUUGAAAAUUUGGAGGAUAAGGACACAUAUCAGGGUGUUGGUUUAUUAAACUUCAAUGACAGUGAGAUUGACCACUGGAAGCAGCUGAUACCUGAAGUAGAACAUGUAGUCCUUCACCUGAACUAUGCUUCUAAUAACAUUACAUGGGAAGUCCUGUAUCCGGAAUGGAUAGACGAAGAAGAAGAAUAUGAGUUUCCAACCUGUCCAACACUACCUAGGGUCCAGGUUCCAGGAAAACCACGGCUUGAUCUCAUUGCUGUCAAGCUUCCCUGCAACAAGUCAGGGCGCUGGUCAAGAGAUGUGGCUCGUUUGCACCUGCAGAUUGAAGCAGCAAGACUUGCUGCCUCUUCCAAAGGAUAUCAUCCAGUGCGUGUGCUUUUCGUAACUGAUUGCUUCCCAAUCCCAAAUCUCUUUACGUGUAAGGAACUUGUACAACAUGAAGGGACUGCCUGGCUUUAUGAACCUAACCGGAAUAAACUCAGAGACAAGCUGCAAUUACCAAUUGGUUCAUGUGAACUAGCCGUUCCUUUGAAGGCUAAAGAAAACUUUUACUCAGAAAGGCCGCGUCGAGAAGCUUAUGCAACAAUCCUGCACUCUGCACAUAUUUAUGUUUGUGGAGCCAUUACUGCAGCUCAGAGUAUUCGCAUGGCUGGUUCAACACGAGAUCUUGUGAUUCUUGUUGAUAAAACAAUUAGCGAAUAUCAUAGGGAGGGCUUGGCAGCUGCUGGAUGGAAGAUCCAUACAAUUCAAAGAAUCAGGAAUCCAAAAGCGGAACCCGAGGCAUAUAACGAGUGGAACUACAGCAAAUUCCGCCUCUGGCAGCUAACAGAUUAUGACAAAAUCAUUUUCAUUGAUGCUGACCUUCUUAUACUUAGAAAUAUCGAUUUUCUUUUCGAAAUGCCUGAAAUAUCAGCCAUAGGAAACAAUGCUACGCUGUUCAACUCAGGUGUAAUGGUGGUUGAACCAUCAAAUUGUACUUUCAAACUGCUUAUGGAUCACAUCAAUGAGAUAGUCUCCUAUAAUGGUGGGGACCAGGGGUAUCUGAAUGAAAUUUUCACAUGGUGGCAUCGGAUUCCAAGGCACAUGAACUUCUUGAAGCACUUCUGGGAAGGUGAUGAGGAAGAGAAAAAAGUGAUGAAAACUCAUCUCUUUGGAGCUGACCCACCAAUCCUUUAUGUCAUUCACUAUCUGGGUAAUAAACCAUGGCUGUGCUUCCGAGACUACGACUGCAACUGGAAUGUGGACAUUCUGCAAGAGUUUGCGAGUAACGUAGCUCAUGCGAGAUGGUGGAAGGUGCACGAUGCCAUGCCGGAAAACUUGCAGAAGUUCUGUUUGCUUAGGUCCAAGCAGAAGGCUGCAUUAGAGUGGGAUCGUAGACAAGCAGAGAAAGGAAACUACAGUGAUGGUCACUGGAAAAUUAAGAUUAAAGACCCGCGUUUGAAAACGUGCUUUGAGGAUUUCUGCUUCUGGGAGAGCAUGUUAUGGCACUGGGGUGAAAAGAAUUGGACAGAUAAUUCUACUGUUAACAAUUCGCCACCUGCUAUCAAAACCAAAACCAAAUCACUUUCUUCUUCAUGAGUAUACUUCUCCAUUCUUCCCAUAUUUACUGUAGAUUAGAUUCUACAUAUUUGCACAAUUGAUGUAUGUCUCCCAUUAAUCCUGUUGUAAACAAAAUAGCUUUGUAUUUGGGCCCAAAGUAUUAUUUAUAGCUUGUUAUUACUUUUUGUCAAAGUGAAAAAGUUCAAGCA